ACGUGGCGCUACAGUCGCAUUCUGAUUCAUUCCGAUUCUCCACCUAAAUUGGACGCGCCUUGUUUUCCCGGAUUUUUACCAGAAAAAUCCCACUUUCACCCCAGUUUUCCCGUGAAAAGUGUUCACAGCACACCCCAGUAAGUGCGUGAAGUGGAAUAUAAAGAAAAUUCGCCUCGAAUACCAGUAAUUUUUGAGUGUGAAAAAAGUCUCAAGUGGAGACAAAACAAAAAUGUCAGAUUUUGGUUCGAUUGCAAUGAAAUGGGAUCCCAAAAACCUGGAAAUCCGCACGAUGUCAGUGGAGAAGACACUGGAACCGCUGGUACUGCAAGUGACCACCCUCGUGAAUACCAAGGGACCCAGCAAGAAAAAGAAAGGGAAGUCUAAGCGUGCUAGUGCCCUUGUGGCAGCUGUAGAGAAAGCCACUGAGAAUUUCAUUGAGCGUGGCGAGCAGAUUGCCUAUGAGAAUCCCGAUAUUACGUCAGAGAUGCUGACAGCAGUUGAAGAAGUGCGCAAAACAGGGUCGUCUAUGAGCAUUGCUGCCCGGGAAUUCUCUGAAGACCCUUGCAGCUCCCUCAAACGAGGAAAUAUGGUUAGAGCUGCCAGGAAUCUGUUGUCAGCUGUGACGCGUCUUUUGAUUCUUGCCGAUAUGGUUGAUGUUCAUUGUCUCCUCAAGAGCCUCCAUGUUGUGGAGGAUGAUUUGGACAAAUUGAAGAAUGCUUCGAGUCAGGAUGAACUGUUGAACAAUAUGCGUCAAUUUGGGAAUAAUGCCAAUGAACUGAUUAAGCAGGCGGCCAAGAGGCAGCAAGAAUUGAAAGAUCCCCAACUUAGGGAUGAUCUAGCAGCUGCUAGGGCUGUGCUGAAGAAGCACUCGACGAUGCUUCUUACAGCCUCGAAAGUCUAUGUGCGCCAUCCAGAAUUGGAUUUGGCCAAAGUCAAUCGGGACUUUGUGUUCAAGCAGGUCUGUGAAGCUGUCAAUACAAUCAGUGAUGUGGCUCAGGGAAAGAGUUCCCAGCCAACUGAUAUGUAUUCUGGAGCUGGUGAAUUGGCAGCUGCUCUGGAUGAUUUUGAUGAUGGUAUUGUGAUGGAUCCGUUGGCCUACAAUGAAGUCAGGUCACGUCCGUCUCUGGAGGAGCGCUUGGAGAGUAUCAUUAGUGCUGCUGCCUUGAUGGCAGAUGCCGAUUGUACUCGGGAUGAGCGCAGAGAGAGAAUUGUGGCAGAAUGCAAUGCUGUGCGUCAAGCUCUGCAGGAUUUGUUGUCGGAGUACAUGAGCAAUGUGGGCAAGAAGGAACAGAGUCCUGCCCUGGAGAGAGCUAUUGGACAGAUGUGCAGGAAGACUCGUGAUCUUCGACGUCAAUUGCGAAAGGCAGUUGUUGAUCAUGUGUCGGAUUCCUUCCUGGAAACGAAUAUGCCUCUGUUGGAUCUGAUUGAGGCGGCCAAGAUGGCUAAUGAGAAGCGCGUGAGGGAGAAGGCAGAAGUCUUCACGAAGCAUGCUGAAAAGUUGGUAGAAGUGGCCAAUCUCGUGUGCAGUAUGUCCAAUAAUGAGGAUGGCGUCAAGAUGGUGAGAUAUGCAGCAGCUCAGAUUGAGACACUCUGCCCACAGGUCAUCAAUGCUGCCCUCAUCCUCACGGCUAGACCCAAUAGCAAAGUAGCACAGGAGAAUAUGGAAGCCUAUCGUAUGGCUUGGGAGAAUCAGGUGCGCAUUCUGACGGAAGCUGUUGAUGACAUCACGACCAUCGAUGACUUCCUGGCAGUUUCGGAGAAUCACAUCCUCGAGGAUGUCAAUAAAUGCGUCCUGGCUCUUCAGGAGGGCUAUGCCAAAGAUCUUCGGAUCACGGCUGGAGCCAUCCAGGGACGUUCAGCCAGGGUCUGCAAUGUCGUGGAAGCUGAAAUGGACAACUACGAACCAUGUGUCUACACCAAGCGUGUCCUGGAGGCUGUCAAGGUUCUGCGGGAGCAAGUGAUGUCCAAAUUCGCUCAACGUGUCAAUGUCGCCUGCGAUGCACUGGAAUCCAAUUCGCAGAAGGAUGUUGAUGAGAAUGACUUCAUCGAUGCCUCUAGGCUGGUCUAUGAUGGUGUCCGGGAGAUUCGUAGAGCUGUGCUGAUGAACAGAAGUUCAGAGGAUCUGGACACAGAUACAGAAUUUGAACCUGUGGAAGAUAUGACGCUAGAGACUCGUAGUCGUUCAAGUGCUCACACUGGUGAGGGAACUGUCGAUGAAUAUCCGGAUAUCAGUGGAAUUACAACAGCAAGGGAAGCCAUGCGUAAGAUGAAUGAAGAGGAUAAGCAAAAGAUUGCGCAGCAAGUUGAAUUGUUCCGUCGGGAGAAGCUCACAUUUGACUCCGAAGUGGCCAAAUGGGAUGACACCGGCAAUGACAUCAUUUUCCUGGCCAAGCAUAUGUGCAUGAUCAUGAUGGAGAUGACAGACUUUACACGUGGACGUGGUCCCUUGAAGACUACAAUGGAUGUUAUCAAUGCGGCUAAGAAAAUCUCCGAAGCAGGAACGAAACUCGAUAAAUUAACUCGUGAAAUUGCUGAGCAAUGUCCAGAGAGUUCCACAAAGAAGGAUCUACUGGCAUAUCUGCAGAGAAUCUCUCUCUAUUGCCAUCAGAUUCAGAUUACGUCCAAAGUGAAGGCUGAUGUUCAGAACAUCAGUGGCGAAUUGAUUGUUUCAGGACUCGAUAGUGCAACUUCUCUCAUUCAGGCCGCUAAGAAUCUCAUGAAUGCCGUUGUUCUCACCGUCAAAUAUUCCUAUGUGGCUUCAACGAAGUACACUCGUCAAGGAACUGUUGCUUCACCAAUUGUGGUGUGGAAGAUGAAGGCACCGGAGAAGAAGCCCCUGGUGCGUCCGGAGAAGCCUGAGGAAGUGCGUGCCAAAGUGCGAAAGGGAUCCCAAAAGAAGGUUCAGAAUCCAAUUCAUGCCCUGUCCGAAUUCCAGAGCCCGGCUGAUGCUCUUUAAACACCUCGCUUCCAGGUAUUUUUUUAAACUGCAUUUUUCGUUUAUUUUAUUUUAUUAAUUUUUCAUAUUUAUAAGAAACACACAAAAAAACGCGUAGAAAAAUUAGUAAGGAAAAAAGUGAAAUUAUUUAAGAGCACAGUAUUAGUGGCAAUUUUUUUUUUAAAAAACAAAUAUUUUACUGAAGACACUAUCGAAUAUUUUCUAUACACAAUUAUUUUCAAAUUGCAUUUUUCUACUGAUUGAAAAUAAGAGAAGAAAAGGUUUUUGGAAGGAUAUUUUAAAGAUAUAAAAAAUAGAGGAUUAUAAAAAAAAUAUUGAGACAGAUGAAUAAGCUUAAAAAAUGCAACUUUAACCACCACUAUUUCCCCAGAGAAAUAUUAAUAUACAAUUUUAAAUGAAAUAAAAGAAAAUUUUAUCAAUUGCAGAAUAUUAGAUAUUUGAGAUGAAGCAUAAAAAUGACAUGAGAGGUUAAAAAAAAAUUAAAUUAUUAUAUAUUUUAGAAUUUAGUGACAGAGAUAAAAAAAAACUUGAAAAUUACUCUAAAAUUAAAUAGCAAUUACAGUGACAAUUUUGAGUGUAAUAAAAUGAAAAGCUAGUGUUGAACUGUAAAGCUUUUCGGUGUCAAUCUUUCAGACUUGAUCGACUUUCUUUCUAAACUUUUUUUUCUUUCAAAUAAAUAUUGGGAAAAUUCACCGGAAAA